AUGCGUCCACCUCCAGCGAACCCCUUCAUUAUUUCGGUGACUUCUCUAGCUUCGAGCAACGUUUUCUCCGGCGACUUCAGGCUUAGUAUUACACUUCUAAAUCAUGUUUUGAUCACUACUACUUUCUUAGAAAUGGCUAAUAAAAGAGAAAUUGAUCCUGGAUGGGCUUAUGAGACAAAGGUUGAAGGAAAUAGCCAAUGGGUGCAAUGUAAUUUAUGUUCUUUUGUGUCAAGAGGGGAGAUUACAAGGCACAAGCACCACCUUGCUGGUGACACUGCUCAAGUAGCAAAGUGUUCAAAAGUCCCAGCUGAGGUAAAAGCUUUCUUUAAAGAAACUUUUGAUAAGAAGAAACCAGCAAAAGAGGCAAUGAAUAGCAUACCACACUUUGAUGAUGUUGUGGAUCUAGAUAAAGUAGAUGAUGACGAAUUGAACACUCAAAAGAGGCAUUGCCCUGUUUCAUCUUCUGGAUCAACCGCAACUAAUAAAAACACUAAAGGGCCUAUGCAUGCGUGUUACAAUCAAUCUGAAACAGUGGCAUUGAAUGAGGACGAGGAGAUGAAGAUUCAUGUCGAGCUCCCAAUAUACCGAAGUGCACAAGGGAUCUUCGGGAACCCGAUAGCGAAGAAAAUGAGAGUAAAAAUUGCACCAGAUCCGACUGAGUGGUUGAUGGGAGGUGAAGAAGAGGAGGAAGAUGCCCCGGUCUUCGAGGGUGAGAAUUUAACAUGGGGUCAAGUUGCAGAUGCUGUUGGGGCAUGUGAGCCACCUUAUUCUACAAGAAGCAGGAAUAAGGGGGCUGUUGACAAGUCCGCAUCGAGCUCCAGAGGAAGAUGA